AUGGGUAAUCCUCCAAGAAUCCGAAAGAGGGUCCAAGCAACCAGACGUGCUCCUGAUGGAAGUGCCUUCCAAAACUGUACUAAAUGCGGAGUUUUAGUUCCAAUCGCUCUUGAAGACAUGCACGAAUGCGAUGUUGAAAAGGAUGUGAUGAUAGGAAAGAUUGGAAAUGAGACCCAAAUUAAGUCGAACCAGAGGUUUCAACAUCAACCCAAAUCAGCCUUCCGUUUCUUCAUGGAGAGCUUUUUGAAGAACUGUGAAGGUAAUGAUAAUCAGAUUGAAGAUGACAGAGAGGGGUUUAAUAAGUGGAGGAAGAUUUCUGAGAAA